AUGAAAGAAUAUGAAUCAAGAAUCAAUAUGCUUACUUAAGAAAUCAAAAGAUUAAAUGAUAUUAUUGCAAAAUUAUAAGGAGAUAUAUAAUAGAAAGAUGUUACUAUUAAUGAAUUAAGAACUUAAAUUUAAUAAUGGGAAAUGAAAUAUAGAUAAUUAGAAGCUUAAAACUAAUAAUUCUAAUAACAAAUUUAAGAACUUAAUAGAGUUAUUGAAUAAUUAAGAAAGCAAUUAUAAGAUGCUAUUACAUCUAUAGAAGAUGAAAGAAGAAAGAGAGCUUAAUUAGAAAAAAUUAAUUAAGAAUACGAAGCUAAAAUCGCUAUGUUGACUAGUGAAAUCGAAAGAUUAAGACAAAUGUUGAAGAAUAAAGAAGAUGAAAUUAAUUAAUGGAGAACCAGAUGCUAAUAAUUAGAAUAGAAAAUCGCUGAAUUAGAAUAAUUAAUUAUCUAAUAUAAAUAAUUCGAAAUCAAAAUGAAAGAAUAUGAAUCUAGAAUCAAUAUGCUUACUUAAGAAAUAAAAAGAUUAAAUGAUAUUAUUGCCUAAUUAUAAUAAGAAAAUGCAUAAUGGAAAGAAAAAUGCUCUAAACAAGAAAUUACUAUUAUGAACUUGAGAUAAUUUGAAGAAAAAUGCAAGGAAUAUGAAGGAGUUAUCUAAAAACUUUAAUAAUUAUUAUAAGAUGAAAGAGUAAAGAAUCAAAAAUUAGAAUAAUAAUUAAUAGAAGCAAGAUAAUUAGAAAUUAAAUUGAGAUAAUAUGAAGAAAAAUUCGUUCUGUUAUCUUCUGAAGUAGAUCAUCUUAAUAAAAUCAUUGUCGAUAAAAAUAAUGAAAUAAAUGGAUUGAAAUAAAAAAUAUAAUAAUUAGAAUAAUAACUUUACAAAUUAUAACAUGUUGAAUAAAAAUUAGCUGAAUAUGAAUAGAGAAUAUAAUAAUUAAUCAAAGAAAUCGAAAGAUUAAAUAAAAUUAUUUAAGAAAAAGACGUUAAUAUUAAUGAAUUAAGAACUUAAAUUUAAUAAUGGGAAAUGAAAUAUAGAUAAUUAGAAGCUUAAAACUAAUAAUUCUAAUAACAAAUUUAAGAACUUAAUAGAGUUAUUGAAUAAUUAAGAAAACAAUUAUAAGAUGCUAUUACAUCUUUAGAUGAUGAAAGAAGAAAGAGAGCUUAAUUAGAAAAAAUUAAUUAAGAAUACGAAGCUAAAAUCGCUAUGUUGACUAGUGAAAUCGAAAGAUUAAGACAAAUGUUGAAGAAUAAAGAAGAUGAAAUUAAUUAAUGGAGAACUAGAUGUUAAUAAUUAGAAUAGAAAAUAGCUGAAUUAGAAUAAUUACUGAUUCAAUAUAAAUAAUUCGAAAUCAAAAUGAAAGAAUAUGAAUCAAGAAUCAAUAUGCUUACUUAAGAAAUCAAAAGAUUGAAUGAUAUUAUUGCUAAAUUAUAAGGAGAUAUUUAAUACGUUACUAUAAAUGAAUUAAGAACUUAAAUUUAAUAAUGGGAAAUGAAAUAUAGAUAAUUAGAAGCUUAAAACUAAUAAUUCUAAUAACAAAUUUAAGAACUUAAUAGAGUUAUUGAAUAAUUAAGAAAACAAUUAUAAGAUGCUAUAACAUCUUUAGAUGAUGAAAGAAGAAAGAGAGCUUAAUUAGAAAAAAUUAAUUAAGAAUACGAAGCUAAAAUCGCUAUGUUGACUAGUGAAAUCGAAAGAUUAAGACAAAUGUUGAAGAACAAAGAAGAUGAAAUUAAUUAAUGGAGAACCAGAUGCUAAUAAUUAGAAUAGAAAAUCGCUGAAUUAGAAUAAUUAAUUAUCUAAUAUAAAUAAUUCGAAAUCAAAAUGAAAGAAUAUGAAUCAAGAAUCAAUAUGCUUACUUAAGAAAUCAAAAGAUUGAAUGAUAUUAUUGCUAAAUUAUAAUAAGAAAA